AUGGACAACAUGAAGACUUCGCCGGAGUUUGAGCCCAUGCUGGGCAAAGACAGGGAAGAAUUGCCUUUCUCUAUGGAAUCGAAAUCAUCCAGCAAGCUCAAAAGCAUUCGGCCAUUCCUAAUUCGAUCUCUAUGUUUUCUCACAGGCGCGCUUGUGUCGUGCACUUUGCUGUGGGCUCUCAAUGGGGCCGACUUCUCCAAGCACCAAGCUCACCCACACGAGACGCACCCAGCCGCCCAUGUGGACCUUGACAGCAGCGCCAGUUACUCAGACGAUCACUACAAACCCACACACCGAUGCGGCCAAACUGCCGACGAGGCACGGGCAAACAACUGCAUCCUGAAUCUGGCCAACUACGCCUGGGUGCCGCGCGACUGCUACGAUGCCGAGCUUGUGGAAGAAACCAUUACAGGCUGGGAGUGGUUCCGAGACUACGACAUGACCGAUCUGGUCCCCCACCCAGAAGUGCUCCGGGGCGAGCUGGAAUUAUUCUACCAGCCCUUUGAUCAACAUGAGAAGCAUUGCGUCUACAUCUGGAAGCGACUAUAUCGAGCCACCUUGAGUGGCAAGGGAAGCAAGAAAUUAGAGGUGUCUGGUGCUGCUUCGUAUCCUCACGUGGAACAUUGUGGGCGUGUGCUGCUAAGAGAUAACUCGACCGGUCAUUUGUCGGUGACAGUGGCAAAAGGCCAGAUCAUAUUUCCAAAGUGUUAA